GCGCGGCCAACUGUAACGUGCGCGAUUCUCCGACGUCGAGGACGUUUCGGACGUCAGGACGUCGUCGCGGUGUUGUUUUACAAGCGGAGUCGUUUCUUUUCCGCUUGGAGAACGCGUGGCAUUGCAGAUCGCACGACAGCGGUUUUCGCACAAAAGAGCUUCUCAAUUUCUGCUGAAAGAAGAUUAAUUAGUGGCGAAGUUUUCGAAUCUAAAGAUUCCUAUUUUGAAUAAUAAGUUGCAUAUAAUAGAAAUAAGUAGUACUUCCGAUAUUCCGAGUUUUCCUCCUCGAAAGCAAUCGCGCUUGCCAUUCGAUCGUCCAGUCGCCUCAUCUCGCGCGGUGACAGAAUUAUCAUCGCCCAAGAAAGAACCGCGUCAUCGUCCCGUCUGGAUCGAUCCACGUCUCGCGUGGAUGUUUCUUCCGGCGAGUGGUCAAAGUGUCAAAGUGCAGUGGUGUGCACGUUGGUGACCUGGCGCGGGCAAGUCCGUUCCGCCUGAUGUAUCCCCCGGUCGAAUGUGACGCGAUAGAUCGUGGGUGAAAGGAAGAAGGAGACACGCCGUCUGGCAUGGUACAGUGAUCCUUCCACGCUGCCGGAGGACGACCUGGCGCGUGUCUGCCCCGUCGUGUACGACCCGGACGGACCGACAAUUCCGCGAAAGUGGUUCGCGUGGCGAGGCGGGACAAGGACGCGACGAUGGCGGAGCGUCCCGGCGGCGGCAGGAGACGCUCGCGUCGCGACAGCACGGACACCGCGAGCUCGUUGCGCGGGACACCGCCGACGUCGCGGGACCGCAGGACUAAGCGGUCCGGGAAGCCCGUGAAGGAACGAUGGCUGCUCACGCGGAAGACGUGGCGCUAUAUGGCCGACGCCGGCCGCCGUCUCAUCCCGGACGGCGCGCACAAUCGUCCCGAGGACAUACCGAAGAUCGAGCAGUACUUCCAGGAGGUAUGUCAGAAGGAGCCGCGUUUCCUGCUCUGGCGGAAGGCCUCGUAUCCGGGCAGCCUGGGCUUGCGCGCCCAGCGACGUCGACGGCAGCCCAAAGGCGGCAGUUAUCGCACGCAAGCAAGUUCGGCCGAUGAGGCCGACGAUGCCAGGAGCUCGCCGCAAAGCUUCGUCCUUCAAGCGACCACGUCUGGUACAUUCGAUCUCGCGAAGGCAAAGCGAGAAUGGUUGCUAACGUCGACCAGCGGUGACGGGAGCAUGCCGUCGAGCCCGGUGAUGCGUCGCAAGACGUCGCAGGAGGACGCCGAGGCCAAGGAGUUGGCUGACAUGCUGCAAAAGUAUCUAAACAUGCAGGGUGAGGCGACCAAUCCGGCGAGAACGGCCGCGAAAUCGGAGCAGGCGACUGAGCAGGCGGAAGGCAAAGAACCUUUCGAUUAUCGCAGCCUCAUAAAUAAAUUGCAGCAACAUCUAGACACGAUUGUUGCGCAGGCCAAGCGCGAGGAAGCUCCGCCUCGUAAGGGUUACUCAGAAAAAGACGCGGUGGCGACGUCCACGCUGCCUUAUCAGGGCGAUUACGUUCACAAAUCGCUGAUGGAGACGCUGAGUCGUUACUAUAGCAAAUCUUCAUCUCGUGAGCACGUAAUUUCCGAUAUUUUAACAGAUCGAAAGCUCCUCGAAAAACUAUACUUCGAUCUGAGAUGCACCAGAGGUUUCCGGGGGCCCCGAGCGACCGGCGCGUACACCUCGCCGUCCUCUCGAUGGUGGGGCCACGAGAGACUCAGGACGAAGGAGUCCGACAGCUGGUCGUCCACGAAGAGAGAUCUGAUCUCGCCGCCGCCUCUGAUCGCCGUUCAGGAACCCAGCAUCGAUCGUAGCUUCUUCGAUAACGGCGUGCAGACCGAUCCGGUGCCGCGAGAUGUCCUCGACGCGUGUCUGGAAAAAGAUAAAGAGGAAUCCUUGCAAAAAGACCAUGCGUCGCACAAGUCCAGCGGGCGAAGGCGCAGCAGUGUCGACAACGACGACGUGUCGCCGUCCGUGAGCGACACCAUCAAGAGGUACCUGCGGAUGGCGCGGAAAAAAUCCAUGGACGCGGACAAGACCGACAGGUUCAAGCGGGUGAACUACGACCGGAAUCUGCGGAACAUCAAGGCCAAGGGCGAGAUCACGAAGCCCGGCGACGACGACGGCAACAGCAAGGGCUGCCAGACGGAGGACAAUUGGGCGGCGCAUUAUCGCGAGAUGUCGUCCGAAAAUCUGUCGGACGCCGACACGACGACGUCGCCGCCGCCGAGCAGAAACGCCAGUUCCAGGAGCAGCAUCGACGCCGGCCUCGGCUCCGAGGAGCCGUCCACCCCGGUUAAACAAUCCCAUCAUCAUCAAUCCUUCCUGUCUCACCUUUUGCACGGUUCCAACGCGCACAAAGACAAGCCGCAUUCGGCGCCCGGUUCGCCGGCACUCACGUCAACGUCCCCGAAUUCCGCAGGUGGCACCGCGAUGCAGAAGAGCAAGUCCUCGAGCAGCGUAGUGCAUCACGGCAGCCGGCUGGUGGCGAAGAAGAUCUGGAGAUCCAGGAGCAAGAGCACGUCGCGGGCGACGCACCAGCCGUCCGUAUGGACACCUCAGGGAAAAUGCACUUGGGCAGGCACGGGCGGUCGGCGCGUCACUCUGCAGGACACACAGAUACGAACGCUGUCUGAUAUCGAGAGGAAGGUUCUCUGCAAGGUGGCUGUAGCGAAGCUUCAAGCUCUCAAUCUGGGUGUGCACAUCAGGCCACCGAGUGAGUCACUCAGCAGCGGGUCGGUGACCACAAAGCCGAAGAGGCGGGCGUACUUGCUGAAGAGGAAGGCUCUCACAACGGGCUUCUUCGACAAUAAAGGAAAAGACGACAAGGAGAAAGACGUGGCUGGCGGUCUGGUGUUCGGUAUACCGUUAUUGCAGUGUAUAGAGAAUGAUAGAAUCGCUCGAAUUGCCGCUGGGGAGGUCACCGAUGUCGGCUGCCUAAGUAGGAGCAGCAGGCACGGUAGUAGGACCAGUUUUUCCAGCCUUAUAGAAACACCGACGACCAUCGCGGCAAAAACGGAAGAGGGUGGUUCCUGCGAGUCUCUGUCGUCGAAAGGAGGUGCUCUUACAGGCAGUGACUCCGGAGUGCUUGAGCUGAGCGAUAGCGGUGGAGGAGGUGAAUGGGAUGCGGUGCCGGGUAUCGUCAGGCAAUGCAUUAAGCACCUAGAAACGACUGGUCUCCGGACGCUAGGCGUGUUUCGUGUGUCGCCCUCGAAAAAGAGGGUGCGGCAGUUAAGGGAGGACUUCGAUUGCGGUCGGGAGACCAAGAUAGGCGCCGAUCAAUGUCCUCACGACGUGGCCACUCUCUUAAAGGAAUACUUUCGCGAUCUGCCGGAUCCCCUACUUUGCAGGGAUUUGUAUCAAGCCUUUGUGCACACUCAAAAGAUCAGGAACAGGCGGUUGCAGCAGGAAGCUCUUCAGCAUCUCAUUCAACUUCUACCCACGCCCAAUCGCGAGACUCUUUGGGCGCUUCUGAACUUCUUGAUCGUCGUCGCGGCGAACAGCGAGGACCAAAAGAGCGAGAGCGGAGAGUGGAUUCCGGGGAAUAAAAUGGAUACGACAAAUCUCGCGACCGUAUUCGCGCCGAAUAUCUUGCACUGCGUGAAGCCCAGCCAGAUGAGGGCGGAGGUUUCGGCGGAAAGGGCUGAGGAGAGAAUAGACGUAAUAAACGUGGUACGAGCACUGCUAGAACAUGCGUCGACAUUGUUUACGGUACCGGCGGCGUUGUUGGACGAAGUGUAUCAACACAUGAUGGAUACUCAUCCGGCGGAGCUAGAUAUCGCUUUGUCCCGUCGCGUCGAAGAGCAAUGCGGAGAUGAAGUAGACCCUUGCAGCGAGGCGGAGACGUUCUCGGUGGAGGAGACGUUGACUAUGUCGACCACAACUGCAGCAACGACGACGACAUCGACGAGAAAGAUGUGGACAAGGGAAGAAUGCCUGCAUCAGACUGCCGGUAUCGGCGGUGAUAUUGGACCAAGGCCACGACGGCCCAAAAGACCAGGAAGUCGAAGGAAGGAGGAGGGCAGAAGUAACAGUGUCGAUAGCGGAUCGAGCGAGGAUCCGUCCGAUCCUCGGCGAAGAUCCUCGCCAAUAGUGAUUACCGCCAGUCUCACUAUACCCAUGUCCGACGCGUUCACCUUGAACCUCGACGACCCGGACAUUCCUUACAUCGAGGAGGCACCGAAGCAACCAAGCGCUCCCCCAAGGCGGCAGAGGCAGAGAUCUAUUUCCGGUUGUAGCGAAGGCGGAAGACACGGAAGUGACAGCGCCGUGGGCUCUUCGGCAACCCUGUCAGGUGAUCAGGCGCCGAGUUCACCGCCCUCGUGGGCAUCGUCGCCACCGGCGAGUCCCGACAGCGCUGUUACCGCCGUUUCGUACAUCCCGGAUCAGGCGGUUCUUCAAAGAGUUUCGUUCACGACCUCGGGCGAGGUGAGGCAGGUGAGCAGAUCGGCCGGCCAGCAGCAGGAAGUGAACAGGAGUGCGGCGGUACCGUACACGCCGAGCAUCACCAGCAUCGGCGGUGCGGUUUUGAGGUCCAAGACCGCUGAUAUCGAGAGAAUGCUGCAAAUCUCGCGGUCGGAUGUCGACCCGGCGACCCCGCAGAUGAGCAAGAACUCAUCGGUGACCUCCAGCGAGAGCAAGAAGUACACGAAGAGGCGGUACACGGAUUCGAGGCAUCAAACACGCCACAUACCGGACGCCGAUACCCUGGCCGGCAGAACAUCGCUCGGCGUGACGGCUACGUCGGCGAUAUCGCCUUCCUCCGGCGUUUCCUCGGCAAUCACGACGACGCAGAAUCAACGCGUGCAGCCCGUGUGGAAAAGACGGGAAUUGAUCUCUAGCGCUCCAAAGAAUAGGGACGGAUACUUCUAAGUUGUUCGCGCAAGAUCGAGUCGAGAUUCGAAAUUGAUCACCGAUCUUUACCGAUAAAUUAUAAAUAUUUUCCCUCAGCGCAAUUUAUUUUCCAAUUAUUGUUUUUUAAAUAGUAAACAAUUUUUCUAAAGAAGAAUUUAGAUCGACAAACCUGAUUGCGUCGAUUUAAAAAUCGACAUAGCUCGAACAUAUCUCGGUAAGUUCGCAGAAAUGUAGGCAAAUAUUUUUUUUUCCAUUUCCACCCAAUCUCGAAUCUCUGCUCGAUCGACCGGCAAUGGGAUAGUCACUGCCGAUCAAACCGUGACCUGGAAAAGUGUUCCUCGGUACGUUUCUCGUGAUUUCGUGGGAUCGCGCAAUUUAGUGUCGCGGGAUGUCCGUCGGUUCCUAGACUAGUGCCGUCCUCGUACUCGCGGAGGCUUUCCAUGACCGAAUGCGCAUUCUCGUUUCGCGAUGGUGUCUCUAUCGACCCUUCGCGGCGGACCUUGACGAUGUUAGGAGUGCGGGUGCUCGAAUGGAUAGGGGGGGAUUCGCGCGGAACGCGUACGUAGAACAUUACCUCAGCUCUCGCGUUGUAAAUACUAAUUGUCGCAAGUUCGACGUCAACCUGGAUUAUUGUUAUCGCUGCCAUCGCUUAUCUGAUUGCAGCAUCCGGCGAAAAUGGUCGAUAACUUGGAAUUUAAUUCGUCUUUUCUAAUUCGUCCUCUCUACGACGUGAUUAUUAUCACAAACUGCCGUGAGAGACGCGUUUUCUUUUUUUUCAGUCUGUAAGCUAAUAAAUAAAAGUUAAUUUUUUUAUGA